GCUGUGCUGGAUUGAGGCUGUCUGGCUUGAUGCGCCUCAUAAUCACAACAACACCGUCCAGAGAUGGCGACGCUGUCAUCUCCCCUGCGAGUCUGCCGAGGAAUACUCAAAGAACUGCGUGCCAUCCAAGGACCAAGUUACAAAGAGUCACUGGCCUACAGCUAUGUCAUGGACCAGUUUCGUAAAAAUAAGGUAACAGGAGAAAGGUACUGCCGCGCUCAGCAGGAGGCACACCAUGACUCACACACAUACCUGUGUUUGCUGGAGUCCACUCGGAACCACCUGUACCUGCACAACCUGUACCACAGCAAGGGAGAGCGCAGCCCAGAUGAAGCGGCGGGUCUUGUGGGGCUCAGGAUGCCCACCCAGCCAGGAGGUAAAGGCUGGGAGAAAUGAGGACAGGGGAAGAAAAUCUUAACCCUUAUCCAGAAAUGACUUGUCUGCGGCUGAUUCAUCGGGUCUCAUACACUUCACCUCAUGUAAACUCCCAAGGGAUAAAAAAAAAUAAAUAAAUUCGACUGGAGUCUGGCAGGCUGGAUUGUGCCAUCGUGGACUGUUAUGAGGGAACUCGACUUAUUCCUGUUUUCAUUGUUCUACCAAUGUUCAGAGCGAGGAAUCUUUUCUGAUCCGAGAGUGUUUGAAGCAACUGUGAAGCGAUAAUUAAAAAUCUGUUGUUCAGCUGUGAAUAUACUGUACCCUGCAGCUUAGCCACACCUGUUUUUGUUUGUUUCUUGUCAUUUUUUUUCCUGUUAGAAGGCAAAUGCAAUCAUUAAAAAGGACUGUACUUGUACAUUUUCAUUUUGAUCCAUUUGUCCUAUUAAAAAUAUUAGUCACUGCUG